CCUCACAACCUUCAAAAGCCAAACACCACCCACUUCACUUCCACCACAACAACUCCACUUCUCGCUCAACAUCCACAACACACAACCAUGGAGAAAGGCAAAUACUCCUCCAGCCCCGAAUGGGCCGACAUAACCCCCCUCCCCACCGACGAAGGCGGCCCCAAUCCCCUCGCCGCAAUCGCCUACCCCGAAGAAUACGGCGAACUAAUGUCCUACCUCCGCGCCAUCAUGGCCGCAACCGAACACUCCCCUCGAGUCCUCACCUUGACCGAAGACCUCAUCUCCUUAAACCCAGCCCACUACACAGUCUGGCUCUACCGCGCCAAAACGCUCUUCGUCCUCAACUACGACCUCCGCAAAGAACUCGCCUGGCUCAACGAAACCGCCCUCGCGCAUCAGAAAAACUACCAAAUCUGGCAUCAUCGUAACCUCAUCGUUGAUAAGUUAGACGAUGUCACUGGGGAGCAAGAUUUUGUAGAACAAAUGUUCGAAGCUGAUGGGAAGAAUUAUCAUGUUUGGAGUUAUAGACAAUGGCUCGUGAGGAGGUUUAAUCUAUGGGAGGGGAAAGGGGAAUUGGAGUUCACAGAGAGGAUGCUGAGCAAAGAUAUCAGAAACAACAGUGCGUGGAAUCAUAGAUGGUAUGUCAUCAAUGGACGGGAAACCGAAGGUGUUCAAGGAAUCACGGAUCCGGAAAUCCGAGCGAGGGAAAUUCAAUUCGCGCAAGAAGCUAUUGCGAAGGCGCCGCAGAAUCAGAGUCCGUGGAAUUAUUUGAGGGGGAUUGUGAGGAGGAGUGGGAUGGAGAUUGGGGAGUUGAAGGGUUUUGCGGAAGAGUAUGCGGAUUUGAACAAGGCGGAGGGAGUGAGGAGCUCGCAUGCUUUGGAUUUGUUGGCGGAUAUUUUGGCAGGGGAGAAGGAGGUUGAUGGGAAGGUUAAGGCGAAGGAGGCGUUGGAUUUGUUGGCGACGAGGUAUGAUCCAAUUCGGAAGAAUUAUUGGGAGUACAGGAAGAGUCUUUUGGGAUUGCCGGAGGCUUCUGCGGCUGGUGUUGCUGCUGCUGCUUGAGGGAUGAGAUGGACAUGCGAGGCAAAGCAUUUCGGGAAUGUGGGAAAAUGGCGCAUGAGGAAAAGAUACCCCAUGGUUUUUCGGGUUUGUAAUAUGAUAAAUGCUAUUCGUGCUUGUUCUUCGCCUCGGUCAUCUCAUAAAUGUCUAUGCAAUCUCAUCAACUUUCAAUGUGAGCAUUGAGUGCCUAGUCU